AUGAGCAAGCUACAUAAAGGCACUCAAGAGAUCUUCGGCUCGGUCCAGGACUUAUCACUGACGUCUUCAGGUGUUCCUGGCAAAGCUGGCAGCAACCUAUUGCUGUACUUAAUUGUAGGAGGAACGGUCACUGGGACAGGAGCUUAUGUAUACAGAACAUUGAGAGAAAAGAAAGAGCGAUUCACCAGCCGAGUCACAACAAUAACUGCGCGAUCGCAAGGAAACGAGUCGUCUCCUUCCGAUGCUGCUUCUCAGGGCACAGCAGCUCCGGGAGCUCGCCCCGAGGUCCCGUCUCACGUUCCUUUCCUGCUUUUUGGAGGAACUGCUGCUUUUGCUGCUGCCAGAUCCAUUCGGGCUCGUGACCCCGGUGCCCGGGUGCUGAUCGUGUCUGAAGAUCCUGCCCUCCCCUAUAUGCGUCCACCUCUUUCCAAAGAACUGUGGUUUUCAGAUGAUCCAAAUGUGACAGAGACUCUGCGAUUCAAGCAGUGGAACGGCAAGGAGAGGAGUAUCUAUUUCCAGCCGCCGUCGUUCUACGUGCCUGUUCGUGACCUGCCUUUUGUAGAAAACGGUGGAGUAGCAGUUCUCUCUGGCAAGAAGGUUGUGCACAUGGAUGUCAGGGGCAACACAGUGAAACUGAGUGAUGGGACCCAGAUAUCCUACGACAAGUGUCUCAUUGCCACUGGUGGCUCCCCGAGGAACCUACCCGCCAUCGAAAGAGCAGGGAGAGAUGUGCAGCAAAGGCUGACGCUGUUCCGGAAGAUUGAGGACUUCAAGAAUCUGGAGAAGAUUUCAAGAGAAGUCAAGUCCGUCACGAUUAUCGGCGGUGGCUUUCUGGGCAGCGAGCUGGCCUGUGCUCUGGGAAGACGAGCACGAACCAGAGGCCUGGAGGUGAUUCAGCUCUUUCCAGAGGGCGGCAAUAUGGGCAAAGUCUUGCCAGAAUAUCUGAGCAACUGGACCACGGAGAAGGUCAGAAGAGGUGAGGCUGCGUUUGGGUGCUGCUGCUCCGCGAGGGGCAGAGCUGUGGUGUUCAGGCCAGUGGCUGCUGUGUGGCUCUUCCUCGUGGAAGACAUUUCUCUGUGUGAUCCAUCAGCGGGGCCGCGGGCAGGCCGGGUCCCUGCCGUGGUGGCCCAGGGGCAGAGCAGAGCAGUUUUUAAACUGAAAGACGGCCGAAAGGUGGAGACUGAUCACAUUGUGGCUGCAGUGGGGCUGGAGCCUAACGUGGAAUUAGCAAAGUCGGCUGGGCUGGAGGUGGACUCCGACUUCGGAGGGUUCCGAGUGAACGCAGAGCUGCAGGCGCGCUCCAAUAUCUGGGUGGCCGGGGAUGCUGCCUGCUUCUACGACAUCAAACUGGGCAGGAGACGCGUGGAGCACCACGACCACGCUGUGGUGAGCGGCAGACUAGCUGGAGAGAACAUGACGGGAGCUGCGAAGCCCUACUGGCAUCAGUCCAUGUUCUGGAGCGACCUGGGCCCUAACAUAGGGUACGAAGCCAUCGGCCUCGUUGACAGCAGUCUGCCAACAGUAGGAGUCUUUGCUAAGGCCACGGCAAGAGACACCCCGAAGAGCGCGACGGAGCAGUCAGGGACGGGGAUCCGGUCAGAGAGUGAAACGGAAGCAGAAGCCUCGGAAGUUCACAUUUCUCCCAGCUCCUCACCGACGCCUCAAGUUCCGAAGCAAGGAGAAGAUUAUGGCAAAGGCGUCAUUUUCUACCUCAGGGACAAAGUUGUGGUAGGAAUCGUCCUGUGGAACAUCUUCAACAGGAUGCCCAUCGCUCGGAAGAUCAUCAAAGACGGGGAGGAGCACGACGAUCUCAACGAAGUAGCAAAGCUCUUCAACAUCCACGAAGACUGAACUCCGCAGAGGAGGGAGCGGGGCCGCGGCUCCCUGCGCCCCUUCGUCUCGGCCAGCCUCC